AGAGGCUCAAACGCGUAAGGGCCAGAAGGGCCAUGGCGGGCCGCGAGGCGGCGCUGCGAGAGAUGCGGCUCAAGGAGGAACCGGAGGAAAGCUCAGAGAGUGACGAGGACGCAUCCCAAUGGAGAGCUCAGUUGGCUGGAAAAGCCAAGGUCGUAGGAGGAAAGGGCCCGGUGAAAUGGAUUCUUCCAUUCAUCCUCGUGGGCGUCAGUUCCCUCAUUUGCAUGUGGUUGCUUCAUAUUGCCACCUUCUACUACGUGAAGGGCAUCCUACGCUUUGAAGCAGCGUUCAAGCCAAACCCUGACUACAAGGAGGAUGCAAGCACACAGCACUUCUUUUCGGCUGGUCUGACGCCAGACAGCGUCUCCUAUGGAUCUUUGCAGGACCCCAUUGAAGCGCAGCUCGGCUUCAAAGACGUGCCGCUGAAGGCGCUGGAUGCCGUUGCAUUGGUGUUCCCCUUCCUGUGGUUUUGUGCGGUGCUUUAUCUCCAGGACGUCCAGGCCUGGACGAAGGUCCUCCUCUGCCACUCCGUGCUGGCUGUUGGGAAGGGGAUCUUUGGGGCGACCACCAUCAUCCCCGACAGCAUCGGAUGGGCCAACUGCAAGAAGCGCUUGGGCCCCGCCGGCCUGGCAUACUUCCAGAACGAGGUGCCAGAUCCCACGCAGCACGGCUUGUGGACGAUGUGCAUGGCCAUCUUGGGGGUGGAGCUCCGGGGGCCCUCGCAAGAUCGGAUUGGCUCGGGCAUGCGGUUCUGUGCUGAUAUGAUCUACUCUGGCCACACCUACUUCACCAUCCUCUACAUCUUGGCCUUGUGUGACCUCUUGCGGAGAGCGCUGGGGGAUCCAAGCACUCGGCUCUAUGUGGAGACCAAAUGGAAAAGGAAAGCCAUCCUUGUCUCGGUGUACUUGGCCUGUAUCGCGCAGCAAGGGAUCGAGAUCUUCUUGGUGAUGUCCAAUCGCUUCCACUACACCACUGAUGUUGUGCUGGCGGUGCUCCUGACCUUUCUUUGGUACACCAGCGCACCCGUGUGUAUCGCGGCCAAGUGGUGGGCACAGCUGGGGACCAAGUCAGCACAGGAGAAAGAGCAGCCAGAGGACAUGGUUCUCAUCCCUCGCAGCGCGUUGUCUGGGGACAUUUGGCUCCCUGUGCUUGGAAUGGCCAUGGAUGGCAUUUCUUGGCUGUUGGGGGGAGAUCAUGUUUUGCUUGCCCUUCUGCUGCAUCAACGGCCACCAUCACGUCAUCAGUGAGACUCAGCUGCGCUUGUGGCAUGAGGAUGAACCCAGGACCGAGACGGAUUUCCCGUCCUGCUUCUGACCGGUUCGCCGGUUCCGCUGACGGAACCGAACAGGGCGGCCUGCGGUCGUUUCCGUUGACCUAAGACCUAAGACCUCCAAAGAAUGAGGUUUUUGUCUCCACCGGGUGGCAGGCUGCGGCAGCGCCCACCCGGCCAAAUGUGCCAAUGCUCACUUGUGAAGAACAAUGUGCGUGAAAAAGA